UAACUACUACAUCCACAUUCACAUCCACAUACGCAAAAUGUCUCUUCCUACAGCUCCCAUGGGCAAGAACGGCCCGCAAGUCAACCGCCUCGGGUUCGGUCUCAUGGGUCUCUCAGCCUUUUACGGCGCGCCCAAGCCUGACGAGGAACGCUUCGCCGUUCUCGACGCUGCUUACGAGAAAGGCGAACGAAACUGGGACACAUCUGAUUUGUAUGGCGAUUCUGAAGUCUUGCUCGGCAAAUGGUUCAAGGCCAAUCCCGGAAAACGCGAAAACAUCUUCCUUGCGACCAAGUUCGCGGCUGUAACGCACCCUGACGGGACGUACACGACCGAUUCCAGCCCCGAGUAUGCUAAGCAGGCGUGCGCAAAGAGUCUGGAGAGGCUGGGUCUGCCAAACAUCGAUCUGUACUACAUCCACAGGUUGGAUCAGAAAACACCCAUUGAGAAGACUAUGCAAGCUAUGGUUGAGAUGAAAAACGAGGGCAAGUUCAAGUAUAUUGGCAUGUCAGAGUGCUCGGCAAAGUCCAUCCGACGUGCCCAUGCCGUUCACCCUGUCACGGCCGUCCAGGUGGAAUACAGCCCUUUCUCGUUGGAAAUUGAGUCGGACCAGAUCAACGUCCUAAGCACCUGCCGUGAACUCGGCGUCGCCAUUGUAGCCUACUCGCCUCUCGGGCGUGGUUUGAUCUCCGGGCAGUACACUUCGCCCGAUGAUUUUGAGGACAGCGACAUUCGCAAGUGGCUGCCUCGCUUCAGCAAGGAAAACUUCCCAAAGAACUUGGAGCUUGUCAAACAAAUGAACGAGGUGGCGAAGAGAAAGAACAUUACCCCCAGUCAGUUGGCCUUGGCUUGGUUGCUUGCGCAGGGUGAUGACAUCUUCCCUAUCCCCGGUACCCAGAGGAUUGGAAGACUCGAGGAAAAUAUUGGUGGAGCUACUGUUCAGCUGACGAAAGAAGAAGAGCAAGAGAUCCGGAAGGCGGUAGAGGCGGCAGAAGUGGUAGGUCCCAGAUAUCCCGAUUUCAUCAUGGGUACCUGCUAUGCUGAUACGCCGGAGCUUUAA